AUGCCAGUUCCUAUCAACACUGCAAAAGUCCCAUAUUACGACAUCGGUAUUCUCGGUGCCGGUUUUUCUGGGAUCCUGGCUAUUUAUGAGGCCCGUAAAAGGGGAUUAUCGGCUCACAUCUUCGAUGGUCAAUCUGGCUUCGGAGGAACCUGGUACCAAAAUAGAUACCCUGGUGCCCGUGUUGACUCUUACAUCCCAAUUUACGAAUUGUCAAUUCCUGAAGUCUACAAUAGUUGGACUUGGUCGGAAAAAUACCCAGAUUGGCGCGAAAUCCGCAAGUACUUCGAGCACGUUGACAAGGUCUUGGACAUCAAGAGGGAUACCACUUUUGAUACUUUCAUUACCAGCGCCACUUUUAAUAAAGAGUCGGGAACUUGGUUGCUCGAAGAUAAAAACGGGCCACUUAUUCAAUGCCGGAUCUUCAUGCCUUUAGUAGGGUUUGCUUCUAAAAAGUACGAGCCAGACUUCCCAGGGUUCGACAAAUUCAAAGGAGAAGUUAUUCAUUCUAAUGACUGGCCUGAAGCUGACGACUAUAGUAUUUUAGAUAACCGCAAGAUUGGCUUGAUCGGCACAGGCUCAACCGGUGUUCAAAUUGUCCAAGAAAGUGCCCCAAGAGCUGACCAUCUUACCGUUUUCCAAAGAACUCCUAACCUCUGUUUGCCUUUGCGUCAAGAAAAAACCCCAAAGCAAGACAAAUCUAAUUAUCCUGCUAUACACGCAGAACGUUCGAAGCACCCGGGCGGUUUCCUCGAAAAAAAAUAUGACAUAAACACCUUUGACGUUUCUCCAGAAGAACGUGAAAAAUUCUGGGACUCUUUGUUCGAGAAAGGAGGAUUCUUGUUCUGGAAUAACAAUUAUGCUGAUUUAUUUUUCGACGAAAAAGCCAAUGAUGAGGCGUAUCAAUAUUGGCGCAAAAGAGUUCACCAAAGAGUUAAGGACCCUAAAGUUGCUGAAAUGUUGGCCCCUAAAGUUGCCCCUCAUCCAUUUGGUACCAAACGUCCAUCUUUAGAAAGAACAUAUUUCGAUGAUUACAAUAGAGAUAAUGUUCAGUUGGUCGAUGUCAACAAAACUCCAAUCAAAGAAUUCUAUGAACACGGAAUUGUCACUGAAGAUGGUGUCAAACAUGAAAUAGAUUUAUUGGUCCUUGCCACAGGUUUUGAUGCUUGUGAUGGUUCUUUCAAGAACUUUUCAGUUUGGAAUAUCGAAGGUACCCAGACUUUGUCAAACGAAUGGCGUGGUCCUGAAGGAUGUUCUACCUGGUUGGGUCUUGCCGCUAAAGGGUACCCAAACAUGUUUUUCACAUACGGUCCUCAAGCACCAACCGCACUCAGUAAUGGGCCUUCUUGUAUCUCAAUUCAAAUGGACUAUCUCUAUAAGUUGCUUGAUAAGUUCUUCAAUGGUAACUACACCUAUUUUGAACCAGAUGCAGCGUACCAAAAAGCCUAUAGAAAAAGAGUCGAUGAUUACGCUGAAACAACUCUUUUCCCUAGAGCGAAAUCGUCGUAUAUGGGUGCCAACAUUCCUGGUAAAAAGGUUCAAAUGUUGAACUUCAGUGAAGGGGUGGCUCCAUACAAUGAACUUUGUAAACAAAAUAUCAAGGCUGACUUUGAAGGCUGGAACUUCGUUUGA